GGCAAGUUUUGAGUAGUAAUUGGUCGGGGUUUGUUGUGCAACCCUACACACUCUUCUCUUUAAGCGACUUUGGGCUUGUUUUUCUGUAAAGUCGCUUACAAAUAUUGGUAGUCGCGGGUCGCGUUUUUUUGGGCUUGUUUCUAAAGUGUAGUUGCUUAUUUUGGCUUUUCCCCGGCUCCAUAAUAAGUUAUCAAGCAGAUAUUUUCUAUAUGUUAUUUAAACGUAGGAGUUCCCACCCAAAUCCUGCUACUAAUUGGCUCUGACUCAGAUGGCAACGAGUACUAGCCAAUCAGAGGCAGAGCAGGGCAAUCUGUUUUUUUUUUUCUGGUUAGGAAAACGUUGUCAGUGAGUGAUGUAAACUUCAAAUAAAUGAGCGCGAGUUGCGACUGGUGGUGACUGACUGGACUGUAGGAGAGUUUUUAUUAUACAAUAAUAAAUAAAGAAUUUGUGAAUUCAGAAUGAUUUAUUUGUGUGUGCAAAUUUUAAUUAUCAGUAGUUUACUGUGUAUAUAAUGUACUCGGUACAUCAGUCUAUAUUUGAUAUCCCAUCAGUUUUCUAAUGUUAAAUCAUAUUAAAAGGUGGUUUAACUCCCUCUUGUAACGUGUGUACAGUUUUGUAAAACUGCGCACAGUUUACCAAUCUGUCUACAUGGAUGUAAAUCAACAAUCUGUACCCAGUUAAAAAUCCGUCCCCACGGUUUAUUUAUUUUUCUUAUGCCGGAACGGGGCUCCGUAGAAAAAGUCGCUUGUUUUGUGCUUGUUUUCACAGGCCUGGUUGCUUAUUUGUCUCGCGAGAUCUGGCAACACUGUUUCUGAAACCUACCUGCCUGCUCACGUAGGCACCCGUUGUCGUCUACUUCAACAUGAGCCAUUCUUGCUUUCUUCCCGGCGAUGAAAAUAAGAUAAUUAACUGAAAUGGACACUUUCUACAGCAGUUUCAGAUCUCGCGCUGGGCCAAAUGUCAACGCUACAGCUCAGAGUGGAAGUCAUAUUAUAGCUCCUGUACUCACUAACAAUACAAUAACAGGCGGUGUCCACUUCCUACAUAAUGCACACGCAGGUUUCACUUUUGAUCGCCCACACUCUGAAACAACACAAACAUCAGCAACAAGAUCAUUGAUUUUCAAACAUAAGACACGGAUCUGCAGUGAGUAUCGGUAUGUGACUGAGUAUAACUCUCUGCCUGGUGAACGAGUGCUGCUGUCUGAGCGCUACACACAACCUCUGAUCCUGCAGAGACAUAGACAUCAACAAGAGAGAGAAGAAGAGCUCCGCUCCAGUGGAGAGGACUUCCAGCAGGUCCUCAGCUCCAGGAGCAGUGAUAAAUCAGUCCAUCUAAACUCUCUGUUCAACCCAGAUAACCAUGGGAUCAGUCCUAGUGCUGUCAUACUGCAGGGAAACUCAGGGAAUGGGAAGACCUUAACUGUACAGAAGAUCCUGAUGGACUGGGCAUCUGAUAAACUCUACAAAGAGCGGUUUGAGAUUGUGUUUCACUUAAAGUGUAAAGAAAUAAACCGUAUUCCUGGCAGAAAGAGUUUGGUUGAGAUCUUGAGCUACAGCUGCAGUUUAACACCAGAUCAGAUCUCACAGAUACUGCAGAAGUCACCACAGAAGAUGCUUUUCAUCAUUGAUGGGUUUGAUGAGUUGAGACUCACACAGGACAAUUAUGACAUGUCACCUCACACUGAUGUGAUUCAGAAAGCUCCAGCUGAGGUCACACUUUGUGCCCUGUUGAGGGGUCACAUCUUGCCAGAGUCCUUCCUGCUGGUCACCACCAGGUCUACAGCUACAGACAAGUUAAGUCUGCUGCUCAAAGGACCUCAGCGUUUCACUGAGAUUAUGGGUUUCUCUGAGAAGGGAGUGGAGGAGUACUUCCAGAAGUUCUUUCAGGAUGAGCAACUUUUCAGGAGAGGUUAUACAUUUGUGAAGACAAAUGAGACCCUCUUCACCGCCUGCUCCAUCCCUGUCAUCUGCUGGAUCACCUGCACGGUUAUGCGAGAUAGGUUCACUGAUGGUGCAGAUGUGACAAGCGGACUGGAAACCAUCACCUCCAUCUACGUUGACUUUGUGUUCACUCUUCUGGAUCAUCACUGCCAGGGUUUGAGUCAGCCCGUCCCGAUACUGCUAAAGAGUCUGGGUCAGCUGGCAGAGAGAGGCAUGCUGGAAAGACAAGUGCUGUUUGAUGAGGAAAGCGUGCAUGAAACUGUUUCAGACUCGGCUAAAAAUCCAUUCCUAUGCAAGUUCCUCUUUAAGAGAAGAAUCCACCAGGAGACAAUGUUCAGUUUCAUGCAUCUCAGCUUUCAGGAGUUCUUUACUGCUCUCUACUAUGUCCUUCUGGAUGAAGAAGAGUCCCAGAAGAAACUUGCAGUGUUAUUAAAUCAUAACGAUUGUUACCCACCAGAUUUUCCAGCUGUGUGGCAGUUUACAUUUGGUCUCUUGAAUAAGGCUGUGAGACACACACUUAUGAAGAAACAUGGGCUGUUUUUUCACCCAAACACACAGGCUUGUCUGAAAAAAUGGAUUUUGAAAAAGUUUCAUUUAAAUUGUUUGUUUGAUAGUGGAGCUCUUUUUCUUCUUCACUGUCUUUAUGAACUCCAUGAAGAUGACUUUGUGAAAGAAGCUAUGGAAUCCUUGAAUAGGUUGUAUACAUAUGGUGAAUUGUUGAGAAGAACAGACUGCUGGGCCCUGCUGUACUGCCUUCAGUGCUGUCAGAGCAUCAAAAAAGUGGAUCUCAUGUCUUCCAGUUUAACGCCUGAAAAGUUGAUGAUGAUUCUACCUGUACUCCACAAGAUUAAACAUUUGUAUUUGAUUCUAGAAGAUGCAUCAGAGUCUGAUCUUGGUAAACUGCUGUGUGCCCUCACGAGAGGACAGACGCUGAAUGCCCAGGAAGUUCUUGUCGCUUCCCAGAUCCCAGAUGUUGGCAAUUGUUCUAUCAAUACACUUGAUCUGUCAAUCAGUGAACAGCUAUCCAGUGUCCACAUAGGAAUAUUAUCGUAUAAAGACCCUGCAGCGCCCUUACGCUCACUCAGUCUCACAUCUCCACACUCAGAGCUCAUCAACAUCAACUGGAUCGAACUUUUUCAGAUAAUAACCCAAAAUGAUUCAGAUGCAUUAAUUAAUAUUCUGUAUUUCUCUAAACUGAAAAAGAUGGCAAUACUUGUAGACUGCCUGACCGAGAGAUGGUGUGUUUGGACCCUUCAGAUCAUCCAGAACUGCCCCAGUCUAACAGAAGUCAAGGUAGAUGCUCUCUUUUUACUGGAGGAGGGAAUCAAGAUCUUGCAGAGGUCACGCACAAGACCAGCCUGUGUUAUGAGAGUUGAAGGGUCGGUUUGCCAUAAACUGUCUCAAAAAUGUACAGAAUAUAAAGACCGUGAACUUAGCUGCAACCAGAAGGUGAUGAUUCAUUUGAAUUCUUGGGGCUUUUCUAUGGAGAUGUUACGGAAGUCCUUGUUUUAAAAAUGAAUGGUAUGGCAUGAUAACUAGCAUCUUGACCAAAGCUGUGGAUGGAGAUGACGACAACUGAGAUGUAUAUAAAAUGCAGUUAGGUUUUGUAUUGUAAUAGUUGUCAAGACAAUUUAUUUGCAUAAAUCUUUUCAAAAUACAGAUUGUUUUAAAUCAGUUUUACAGUUUCAUGAUUAUUUUUUUGUAGUUUAGAGCCGGGUGAUUGUAAAGUUAAUGUUUGAUGAUACAAACAAGCAGUUGAGAUUUGCUAAACUCUAUAUACUGUGUGACUUUGAGCACUGUUUGUAUGCAAAAAAAAAAAAAAAGAUUUUAAGGUGGGGUUAUUGAUUAUGAUGUGAUAAAGAGGAUUAUGAAUCUUAGGUUUUGUGAUGUUUAUAACAAUUUAGUGUAUUAAGUCCAUUUACUAUUUGUUGAUGUUUAUCAUUUAAAUGCGGUGUAUAAACAAUGGGAAUUAAGAUUAUGGUCAUAUCACACUCAUAAGCAGUUCAACAAAAAUAGAUACAUGAUACAAAAUGUUAUGGUCUCCUAUAUGCAAACCAAAGACAACUGUGGCAAGGAAUGAAAAACUCCAGAUAAAAAAAGCCUUGGGAGAAACCAGGUUAUACCAGGGGGUCAGUUUUCCUCUGGAUAUACAUUCAUACGUCAGUAAUUAAGCAGACAAAUCUCAUGUAACUGUAGUAGUGUGUUCUUUUCAUUGGAUUAUUUGAUUUUGCAAUACUGUAAAAAAUAAGAAUUUGGUAAUUCCCUGUUUGGUUUUAGCUACAAGCUCAUGUGAAAGUUUAAUAAAACAUGAAAGCAAAGUCCCUGCAGAUGUCCACUGAUUUGCAUUAAAGACUUCGUGAGUACCACUUUAAGGAAUAGUUCACCCAAAAAUAAAACCCAUAAUUUCCACAGCCGUGUUGUUCUAAAACUGCACAACUUUAAGAAUAUCCUGACCACUCCGUGAAGCAGCUGUGUUUGUUCAAAGAAGAAAUGACACACAGAGUAGUGCUGGUCAAACACUUAAUGCCCUGGGUUUAUUAAUUUUUUGUCAUAAUUAUUAUUUUUAAUUCAUUCUUCCAGGUGGGACUUG